GUGAAAGUUUUCUUAUCAAACAUUGUCGCUGUGUUAAGUGACAUGUGUCUACAUGAAGACUGAAAACUUACAUCUUCACGUUUUGAACAAAUCGCUAUGAAUCAUCGAUAUUUUGUCAAAAGCCGAGCUUUAUACCGGACUUAUUCGGCUAGUUUACGAAGAAGGAACUUGAUAUAAAUCAUAACUUAGUCCAUAGAAUCAUUGAUGAUGCUCCAUCGCUGCCAAAAGAUUUCUUCCAGUCCUCUUCGUUCUAUGGGCUGGGUCGUGUGUGGGACUGAGACCGAUGAAUGCGACACAUUCAAUUAUAAUACAAAAUUAUCAAAAGUUACUUAAUGUUCACAGUGAUCUAAAUUAUUAUUCUUAUGGAAUUCUGUGGUUGCUAAUUGUUCUUAUUUUCUAAUUUACGGAAUUAAGUAUAUUGACUUAAUUGGCGUUUUUUUCCGACGCCCAAACCCUUCCCUUUGAAAGAUCCUGUAUCAAACCCCGCGACUAGCAAAAGUUAGCUGUAUGGAAAUGAAGACACUGUGUAAACUUAAGUCUGUCACUACUAGCCAGGUGUAAAGUGCUAAUCUUCAAAAUGAAACUCCAAAUUUUAUGUCAAUAUUGAAGCAAUAUUGGUAUAAUCAGCGGUAGCUAUACUACUUAGUCCUCUUCACAGUUAUCUUUCAUCGGAGGUGAAAUGUAAAUACUGCUGGUACUUUCUGACCAAAUGUGUACAUACCGUACGUCAACAUUGACAAUCUAUUAUCACACGGUGCUUCCACAUGAUUGGCUGUAGUUUAAAGCAGAUGAACGGAUCGUCGCGCUCACAUUUGAAGGCCACACAGAACUGGCUUCAUCAUCCAUACUCAAGAAUGAACUACCCUCCUUUUACAAUAAUAUCGGCGAGAGAGAUAACUACAAUGCAAUUACCUAAUGUAAUAUUGCUAGUGGUACUAACUAUGAUAACCGCAUCCCAGGAUUGCAUGAAGCUGUAUUCGAAUCAAGGCUACAAGCUAACCAAUCAUAGAUACAGACAGUCAAGUGGUUUAGAUAUGAUGACUUGCUUUAUGUCAUGCAAACGAGAGACCAGUUGCCAAAGUGUCAACUACCAAAUGGAAGAUUCUUUAUGUGAAAUGAACAACAGAACCAGAGAAUCGAAACCUAAGCACUUCAUGAGAGCGCAGCUUUGGUUAUACUUUGAUAACCCCUAUAAAACAUUGAUUGGUUCGAGUAUGUCGCUCCCUGGUAAAUCCUGUAAGGACAUACGAAAUAGUUCACCUGAGCUACAGCUAGCCAAUAAAGAGUACUGGAUAGAUCCGGGUAAUAGCAUGCAGCCAUUUACCGUAUAUUGUGACAUGAACACAGAUGGAGGUGGGUGGACCCUUAUUGCGAGCACUGUAGUCAACGUAGAUAAUGAUACAAUUGGGGACAUGCUGAGAACGUCUAACUACCGAUCAAUAUCAAACUACAGUAUUAAUUCACUGCGAAUUGACGUCCCGGCCAUACGAGAGCUGCGUGAUACAAUGGGUUUUACUCAGUUAAGAUAUCACUGUUUUAAAAAGUCUGUAAAGAGGACAUUCCAUGUCAUUACAAAGAAAAACGACUACGGAGAAAAAGUUCUUAAAUAUUUUACGCAAGAUGGUGAAAAGCAAACGUCUUCGUGUAACUCGUAUUUUCGUGGUCCAGGUGAUAACUCUUUUCUGGCAUCUAACUGCAAUAGGUGGGGCCAUCAUGGAAACAGCAGUGCAUUAGGAAAAUGGGGCUUUUAUAAGCACAAUGGUACUUACCGUAUUUAUAAUGAACCAGCAUAUUGGAAUGGAGAUGGCUCAAACAAGUACUUUAUCAACUUUAUUCCAGGAAGGCUAUGUUGUGACGAAGACAAGAAUGACUGCAAUUAUCUGAGCGUCGGUGACUUUUGGAAAUUGUAUGUUAAAUAGAUCUGACCUUUCGCAAUGGUAAAUGAGAUCAACACGGUGAAUUUAAUUAUGAUUAUAUUAUUAUGAUGUAAUUUAUGAGUAUAGUACCUAGACAUCAUGACAGCUAUAAAGUUAUUUACGAGUUUUUCCCAUCAGCUACCUGUCUCCUGAAUAUAAUUUACAGAUCGUUAUCAUAAAGAUGCCAUAAGCAGUGCUA